AUGGCUUUCUUACCCGCUCACAGAGAGGCUGCUGUGAACCACUCCGACACGCGCACAGCGGGCUGCCUCCUCACCGGCAUCCCUGGGCUGGAGUAUCUUCAUGUGUGGCUGUCCAUUCUCUUUUGUACCAUGUACAUAGCCGCCCUGGCAGGCAACAGCAUUAUAAUCUGUGCCAUCCUCUCCCAGCCAAGCCUCCAUGAACCCAUGUACAUAUUCCUGUCCAUGCUGGCCAGUGCUGAUGUCCUGUUGUCUACCUCCACCAUGCCCAAGACCCUGGCCAACUUCUGGCUAGGUUCUAGCCACAUCUCCUUUGAUGGCUGCCUGACUCAGAUGUUCUUUAUCCACUUCCUCUUCGUGGCUGACUCUACUGUCCUGCUGGCCAUGGCUUUUGACUGAUAAGUGGCAAUAUGCUCUCCUCUGAGAUACACCACCAUCCUGACGAGGCAGGUCGUAGGAAAGAUUGCUGCCGCUACCCUGACCCGCAGUUUUAUAAUCAUCAUCUUGCUCCUCAAGCGGUUGCACUACUGCCGGAUCAAUGUCAUCGAACACACAUUUUGUGAGUACAUGGGUAUUGCCCGCCUGUCCUGUUCUGACAUUUCCAUCAAUGUCUGGUAUGGCCUGGAAGCUGCUCUUCUCUCCACAGGCCUGGACAUCAUUCUCAUUGCUGUUUCCUAUGUCCACAUCCUCCACGCUGUGUUCCGCCUCUCUUCCCAGAAAGCCCGGGCCAAGGCCCUGAGUACUUGUGGAUCCCAUGUCUGUGUCAUCCUACUGUUCUACUUCCCUGCCCUCUUCUCUGUCUUUGCCUACAGGUUUGGUGGGAAACUCAUUCCACGUUAUGUCCACAUCCUGCUGGCCAACCUCUAUGUGGUUAUCCCACCUAUGCUCAAUCCUGUGAUUUAG